AUGGCAUCCAAAACAACGAGGGGCAAGGAUGGGGAGGCGGCGGAAGAAGAAAGCGACACGGAGGACCCCGUCCAGGAGUGGAGAGCGUACCUGCAGGAGGAAGGCAGGAUCCUCACGCGGCACCUGGACACGUACCUGGGAAGGGCGGAGCAGCUCCUGCAGGGGAACAAACGCCUGGAAAAGGAAGCGCAGGACACCCAGGAGCAGAGCCGCUCUUACGAGUCCUGCGGAGCGAAGCUCGGGCAGGACCCCCCGGACACGGUCAUCACCCUGAACGAGCGGAACCGCCGUGACCUGGCCCAAGUCCAGGCGCAGAAGGAGGAGCUGAUCCCACGGUACGAGGGCAAGGAGCGGGAGGUGAGGAGCGCCCUGAAGGACACGGAGGCCGAGGCCUCGCUGCUGGACACGCAGCUGGAGGAGCUGGAGCCCUACAAGGAGCAGAAGGUCCAGGCCGAGCAGAAGGUGAAGGCGCUGGAGAAGGAGCUGCGGGUCACCAGGAUACGCUGUGCCGAGGAAACCCACGCCCUCAGGAGCAGGUUCCUGCAGGACAAGGCUGAGUGCGAGCAGCAGUUCCAGCGGAGGAUGCGGGAGCUCACCUGGGGAGCGGAGGAGGUGGCGCUCCGGGCCCUGAUCCAGCACGUGGAACAGGUGAAAGCGGAGAACAGGCUCCUGCGCCAGGAGCUGCUCGGCCGCCUCCAACACUGCCAGCGCCUCAGGGAGGCCAAGAGCCAGCUGCAGGAUCAGCAGGAGCAGCUGCUCCGGGAGAAGCAGUGCGCCCGGCGGGCAGCGGGGCUCACGCCCGUGCAGCCGGCCCUGCUCACCCGCCAGGACGGGACGCUGACCCCAAACCCCCCGCCCGGGACCCGCAGGAGCUGA